CGUAUCAGAAUGAGUACAACAGUAGAAAAUGGAGGCGAUAAUGCUCCAAAGAAGAAAACGAUUGAAGGCAUAUAUCAAAAAAAGUCUCAGUUGGAGCAUAUUUUACUACGUCCUGAUACUUAUAUUGGUUCUGUCGAACCAAUAACAGAAUUGAUGUGGGUUUAUGACAAAGAGAAAGAAUCAAUGGUCCAGAGAGAAAUAAAAUAUGUUCCUGGUCUCUAUAAAAUAUUUGAUGAGAUUUUAGUAAAUGCUGCUGAUAAUAAACAAAGAGAUCCCAAAAUGGAUACAAUUAAAAUUGAGUUAGACCAAGAAAACAAUCUCAUAUCCAUAUGGAAUAAUGGUAAGGGUAUCCCAGUGGUAGUUCAUAAAGAAGAAAACAUGUAUGUUCCUACAAUGAUAUUUGGACAUUUGUUAACAUCAUCUAACUAUGAUGAUGAAGAAGAAAAAGUAACUGGAGGUAGAAACGGCUAUGGUGCCAAAUUGUGUAAUAUUUUCAGUCAUCGUUUUACUGUAGAAACGGCAUCGAAAGAAUACAAGAGAUGUUUAAAACAGACAUGGAGUAAUAACAUGGGAUUUGCAAGUGAACCAAGAAUUAAAGAAUUUGCUGGAGAAGAUUUUACAAAAGUUAUAUUUUCACCAGACUUAACAAAAUUUAAAAUGAAUUCUCUAGAUGAUGACAUAGUUGCUCUUAUGUCUCGAAGAGCUUAUGAUAUAGCUGCCUCUACUAGAGGUGUUAAGGUAUUUCUCAAUGGGACAAGAAUAGCUGUAAAAAGUUUUAAAGAUUAUGUUGAUUUGUAUAUUAAAGGCAAAGAAGAUGAUAUUGGUAAUCCUUUAAAAAUUGUGUAUGAAAAUUGUAGUCCUCGUUGGGAAGUGGCUAUUGCCUUAUCUGACAAGGGUUUCCAGCAAAUGUCCUUUGUAAACAGUAUUGCAACUACUAAGGGUGGGCGGCAUGUAGAUCAUGUUACAGAAUUGAUAGUGAAACAGUUAACAGAGACAUUAAAGAAGAAGAACAAGGCAGGAGUUGCAAUCAAACCAUUUCAAAUAAAAAAUCAUUUAUGGAUUUUUAUCAAUUGUCUCAUUAACAAUCCUACAUUUGAUUCACAAACUAAGGAAAACAUGACAUCACAGCCUAAAAAUUUUGGGUCAAAAUGCACACUUAGUGAUAAAUUUAUAACCGGGGUAACAAAGAUGGGUAUUGUUGAAGCAGUUCUAACUUGGGCAAAAUUUAAGGCUGAUAGUCAACUUCAAAAAUUAGGACCUAAAUCAAAGCAAAGAAAAUUACAAGGAAUACCAAAAUUAGAAGAUGCUAAUGAUGCUGGUACUGGUAGGUCGCUGGAGUGUACACUUAUUUUAACUGAGGGAGAUUCAGCUAAAACCAUGGCUGUAUCUGGGUUAUCUGCCAUAGGUAGAGACAGAUAUGGUAUAUUUCCACUAAGAGGUAAAAUUUUAAAUGUAAGAGAAGCUACACAUAAGCAGAUUUUGGAAAAUGCGGAAAUCAAUAACUUAAUAAAAAUUCUCGGUCUUCAAUAUAAAAAGAAAUAUGAAACCCGAGAUGAUUUAAAAACAUUACGUUAUGGCAAGCUGAUGAUAAUGACAGAUCAGGAUCAGGAUGGUUCCCAUAUCAAAGGCUUAUUAAUUAAUUUUAUUCAUCACAAUUGGCCGUCACUAUUAAAGCUGAACUUUGUGGAAGAAUUUAUUACACCCAUUGUAAAAGCGUCAAAAGGGAGUGAAGUAUUAAGUUUCUUCUCAUUACCAGAAUUUCAAAAAUGGAAGACAGAAACACAUAAUUUUCAUACUUACAAAAUCAAGUACUACAAAGGUUUGGGUACUUCCACUGCUAAAGAAGCAAAGGAGUACUUUCAAAAUAUGUCUAGGCACAGAAUUCUAUUCAAAUAUAAGGGAGAACAAGAUGAUCAGAAUAUUAUUAUGGCUUUCAGUAAAAAAUGUGCUGACCAGCGUAAGGACUGGUUAACGAAUCAUAUGGAUGAAACAAAGAGGAGAAAAGAAAUUGGGCUUGGAGAGCGUUAUCUUUAUGAAAAGGAUACACGUGCUGUGACAUAUUCCGAUUUUAUUAAUGUUGAAUUGGUUUUAUACAGUAACUACGAUAAUGUACGUUCUAUACCUAAUAUGAUCGAUGGCUUUAAACCUGGACAAAGGAAAGUUUUGUAUACAUGUUUAAAACGUAAUGAUAAACGUGAAGUGAAAGUUGCUCAGUUAGCUGGCUCUGUAGCUGAACAUUCAGCGUAUCAUCACGGUGAAAUGUCACUCAUGGCAACAAUUAUUAACCUUGCCCAAAAUUUUGUGGGAAGUAAUAAUAUUAACUUACUCCAGCCCAUUGGUCAGUUUGGUACACGACUUACAGGAGGCAAAGAUGCAGCGAGCCCACGUUAUAUUUUCACAAUGCUUAGUCCGUUGGCAAGAUUUAUAUUUCACAAGCAUGAUGAUGCUUUGCUGAAACAUGAAUAUGAUGAUAAUCAAAAAAUUGAGCCUAUUCACUAUGUGCCAACUAUACCGAUGGUGUUGGUAAAUGGAGCUGAUGGUAUCGGUACUGGUUGGAUGACAAAGAUACCUAACUAUAAUCCUAGAGAGAUCAUUGAAAAUUUGUUUAGAAUGAUGGAUGGUGGUGAUCCAAAACCAAUGAUACCAUAUUACAAAAACUUUAAAGGAGUAAUAGAAAGUUGUGGAGACUAUAGAUAUGUCAUUAAUGGAGAAAUUUCGGUAAUUGGACCAGAUAAAGUUGAAAUUACUGAACUUCCAGUUGGUACUUGGACACAGGCAUAUAAAGAAACCGUUUUGGAACCAAUGUUGCAUGGAACUGAUAAAAUACCAGCUGUUAUUUCAGAUUACAAGGAGUACAAUACAGAUACAUCAGUACAUUUUGUAGUUAUUUUAAACCGUGACAAAUUAGUGGAACUGGAAAAGGAUGGUCUUCACAAAGCUUUCAAAUUGCAGACAACGAUGGCAAUUACAUCUAUGUGUGCAUUUGACCAUAAUCAAUGUCUCCAAAAGUAUGAUAGCGUUGUACAAAUUCUUAAAACCUUUUAUAAUCUACGAAUGGAGAUGUACCAUAAAAGAAAAGAUUAUUUAGAAGGUAUCUUGGAUGCGGAGGCGUCUAAACUUUCGAAUCAAGCCCGAUUUAUUUUAGAAAAAUGUGACGGUACUAUUGUAAUCGAAAAUAAAAAGAAAAAAGAUAUGAUAGCCGAGUUAGUUAAACGAAACUAUCAGUCAGAUCCAGUAAUGGCUUGGAAACUAUCACAAAAUAGAGAAGAAGCAUUGGAAAAUCAAGAAGAGGUAGCUGAAAACAUCGAAGAUGAAUCAGCCCCAACACCUACUGCUUUAGCAAGUGAAAAUUUUGAUUAUCUACUUGGAAUGACAUUGUGGAGUUUGACAAAAGAAAGGAAAGAUGAUUUGUUGCGGCAGAGAGAUGAGAAAAUAGCAGAAUUAAAGAGACUGCAAAGUCGAACGCCUGUAUCUUUAUGGAAAGAGGAUUUAGAAAAUUUGUUAAACGAAUUGAACAAAAUUGAAGAGAAAGAGCGUAAAGAAGAACAGAAGUUGUCUAAAACCAUUAAGAAACCACCAAACAAGUUCUAUUCUCCAGAUACCAUCCGACGAGUAGUUCCUGUAAUCGAUAUUGAAUUAAAGAAAAAAAUUGAAAAAGCUGACAUUAUGUCUAAAGACAAAAAGGAAGGAAUUAAAAAACCAAAGAUAAAGAAAGAAUCUACAGAGGAGAAAGAUGAAUUUGAUGCUAUGAUUGAUGCAAAUGCAAAAUCAUUGGAUGACAGAGUGGGUAGUACAGAAAAGAAAGCAGGAGGCAAGAAAGCAUUGAAACAAACAACAUUACCUUUUAAAGCAAAAGUGAAAAAAGAAAAAUCUGACAAAAAAAGAGACAAAGACUCUGAUAGUAAUGAUGACAUUGAUUUUGGUAGUAUUUCUCCUCCUCCAGAGCCUCGAAAAACAUCCCGUAGAACUACAGCUAAAAAGAACUAUAAUUUCGAUGAAGAAUUGUCAUCUGACAGUGAACCUGGACACCUCAAUGUUCCUUCAGAUUCUGAACAAAAAAUGAAGCCUCCCGCGAUUGUAGAUAGUGAUUCAGAUGACAGUUUUAAAAUAGAUAGAAAAGCAUUACCGUCACAACCAAGCUCAGAGGAAUUAUUCGAUUCUUUAAUUGGUAAUUCUUCUCGCGAAAAACAAAAAAAUAUUGCAUCAUCUAGUGAAGAAUCAAUGUUUUCAUCACCACAGAAAGCACUAAAGAAAAAGACUGAAAACGGAAGUGGGAAAGGUGUGAAAAGACAAUUCAAAACAAAAAUGGGUUCCUCUGAAUCAGAAUCAGAGGAUGCUGCGGUUUCCAAUAAACAACCAAAAAUUGUAUCAAUUAUAUCUUCUAGUGAAGAUUCAUUUUCGACGUUCUCACCUCCUGCAAAAGCACCUGCCAAAAAGAAAACAGAAAAUGGUGGAGGGAAAGGCGUGAAAAGGCAGUUAAAGAAAAAAAUACUUGAUUCAGAUUCAGAUUCAGAAGAUUUUGCGUUCACCAGUAAACAAAAUGUAAAAAAGAAGAAGAAGAAAACAGAUGCACCACAAGACAGUAGUGCCACAGAAACGUCACCACAUCCACCAGCAAGAUCCGGAGGAGGCCGUGUUCGUAAACUUAUUUCAUAUGCUGUAAAAUCAGACGAUGAUGAUGAUUCCAAUUGAACAACUUCAUUCAAGCAAAUGUUCAGUUGAAACAUUAUUCAAAUUGUUAUUAACAAACUUUGUGAUCGUAUUUGAUAUAAAUUUUAAGAAAAUUUUGCCUUGGUUCUUAUCAGGGCAUUAGUAAUUUUAUAUAACACUGUACAUAUAUGCACUAGAAAUUAACUUUCAUUAUUGUAAUGAUUAAGUGUAAGGUAAACGUUUCAUUUCGUGUACAUGCAAUAAGUGUUUUCAGAACACAUAAAACUAAUUAUAUUUGGAUCGAAGAAAGAAUUGAUGUAAUCAAUAAAAAUGUUUUACGAAUGACUAUCAUUCGUAAAUUGGUCCAUAAACAUCCAUGACGUCUCGUAUAAUGUGGUGAUGGCAAUAGAAAAUUAUUUAUGUAUUUUAAUUGAACAGAAAAUUUAUUUAGAAUUAUAAUAUUGUAAGAUUCAUUCGACACUGUUAUGUUUCUGUAAUUAAAUCAAAACCAACUUAACUUCAUGUAGUUCUGAUAAUCUUUCUAUCAUAUUUGAACUUGCCAUUUAUUUUCCAUAUCGAGAUAAGAAGAGAAUACAACACUUCUAAAAAUGAAUAACAAGAAACUUUAAAAUCGAUCUGUUCUUCGGUGUAACUAUAAUCAUGAUACAAUUAUCAUUUUUUAAUUAAUAGUAUUAAUUGAUACAAGAUGUAUUCUGGCAAAUAUUAGAUGUUCUAUGUAGAUCUAGUAACUAUGCGUAGAAAUUUGUCUGUACAAUUUUUUAUUUAUCUCUAGUUUUUUAUCUUUGUAAUUUUGUAGAUGUAAUGAUAACAAACUAUGUGGUUUCGUCAGGAAUUGAAUACUACGCGAUAUUAAACUGCA